AUGGUCGGCGGCUUCCGCAUAGGCAUGCACUUCCUGGCCUCAGCGCUCAGGUUUCUUGAACCAAGGUAAGAGUUAUGUAAAUUAUUAGUUAGUUCAUUUCCUCUGAAAGUAAGGCAUAGUUACCAGCUCAGAAGUGAAAUUAAGUAGAGACAUCCUAAAUCUGGAACCUGCAUCCAUACUACUAUACAAAAAUGUUUACUCCUCUAAAGUGUAUGCAUUGCACUUAUUUUGAACGAUAUCAAAACAAUUCUCUAGUACUCGUCUCGCCGAGUGUUCCUGAAAUGGAAUGACGAGCCGAAUCUUUCGUAACAUCCUCCUUCUCACUUCAUUUUCUCCGGCUUCUUCUUCCAUGUGUCAAUUCUAAACAAAAGUGUUGCCGAAAGGAAGAGGCAAGACAAUUUUGGUCAUAAAAUAAACGAAAAGGAUUUGUUGCAAAGCCGCAACUUGAUGGGUCGCUGCUCCCCUCUUCUUCUUCCCUUCGAGACCCUCAUUCUUCUCUUUUAUUACCUUGUUCUUGUCCCUCUCUCGGUCUCUCACCAUUCGAUUCGGCCAUUAUAAUCGGUCGGAACAGCUGAGAAAGAGCAGCGACUCUCCGGUUCUUCCCAUCGUUUUGUGCUUGAUGAUAGUGCUCUUUCUCUUCGAAAUGUAAUCACAUGUAAUGUGUAUAUCUGUGUGACGGGUCCCCCACUCUCCGGGCAAAAAAGACAGGUGUUUCUGGGAGAGGCAGAGGGACGCCGCAGAUAUAUUCGACGGCUCGUAUCGCCGCGAUAUUUCAUCGCUGAUCGACUUGCUCUUUUUGUUAUCUUCAAGGAGGAGGAGUAGAGAAAGAGAGCGCGGAUAUCGCAACGAUUGAAAAUAAGUGUACUUGGAGGAACAUGUGGAACGGGUGAAACGAAAAAUUUCGACUUGGCUGUGUACUAAUAAAUGUGUCAGAGAAUGGGCGCCACGAAAAGCAUUUUUGAUAAUGGGUUGCGAAUCGAAACGAGAAUAGAAUGAGUAACCAAUCGAAUCAGACACCUCGAUCUUUGGGGGGCGCACGUCAUGAUAACUCGAUAAGAUAGCUUCUAACCGAAUUUAGUACGUUCUCUUGUUGUCGCCAAGCCAUUCGUUUCAGAGUUGACGAUGACUUCGUGGACCGUCUCCACUACCUGUACACCUCCACAAUGGUCCUCAUGUUUGCUGUGCUGGUGUCGGCGAAGCAGUACGGUGAGUGAACAACAUGAUGUGUGGGCAAAUGAUUCCCACACCGGUGAACCCGAUACUUGUUUUGUUCGAAAAUAGCAACAACUCCUUAUUCUUCUUCGAUUACGAAUACAUUUUCGUCGGCACUCAUCAAUGCCCUUCCCAUCUUCUGAUUACCUUAGUUUCCUGCCCAAUUGGCAUCGUUGAUUCCUUCUCUCAAAUAUUUCCUUCUCCUACUUUUUUUACUUUUAGUCGUCAAAAAGUCAAGGUGAUGAAGUGAGUGAACGUGAUUUAUUCAUCACUUUUCGGCAUGAUUUUGCGUGUUGCGGCGGCAAAGAAAUUUGAAAAAUAUAACGAGAAAAGAUUGUUCAUGCUCUGAUGAAGUAGAAGACGUCGUGUGGGUAAUCAGGCGGAGAAAGGCGCUGAUAAGGACAUUGUGAACGUGAUGAGAGCAAAAGAGGGUGCAGAAGGGGAUUGUUGUGCACCCUCUGGUACACACAAAAACUCUUCUUGCUUUCCCUACCGGCGCUACAACGAAGUAGAACUCGCACGGAAUGGAACUGUUACGAUUUGGAACUCGCAGUUGCAUUUUAACGUUGCGAGUUCCAAAUCGUAACUGUUCCAUUCCGUGCUUUGUUGUAGCACCUUCUCUCCUCCUCUGCGCACACACUCUCUCGGUGCCGCAAACACCGAACUUUACGGCUUUUUCUCAUGCUUGCUUUCCACGACUUUCCACCUCAUCGGGGCCGAUAACCCUCAAUGCUUUUACUUUUUCAUACCGAAACUUUUUGAAUCUGUCUCAUAAAUCUCGUCCAACUGCCGUCUACUGAAAAACGACCUUUCUCGCUGAUAUCUUUCGAUCUCGACUUCCGCCCGCUUCUCCUCCUCCUCCAUCUCCUCCGCCAAUUUCCGUCAACGCCGGGACCAAUAAUUAUUUACUGGGCUUUCCAACUUUCUUUUCUCUAAUUCAACACCAUCCACAAUUGUUUUUUUUCCCAAGUGGCAAUUCCAAACAAACUUAUUUAAUCGGGUGUUUUUGUAGUAGGCCAUCCGAUAGAAUGCUUCGUUCCGGCACAGUUCACGAGAGCGAUGGAGCAGUACACGGAGAAUUACUGCUGGGUGCAGAACACGUAUUGGGUGCCGUUCCAGGUGAGAAACUAAAAGGGACUGCGGUGAGGUAAUGGGCUUGCAGGACCUGAUUCCGCAUCGUCUCGAUGACAGGGAACGUCGGCAGAUCGGAUAUUAUCAAUGGGUUCCGUUCGUGCUCGCAAUCGCCGCCCUCACUUUUCAUAUUCCCUCUUCUGUGUGGAGAAUGCUCGCAGGACAGAGUGGUCAGUCUCUAUCGCUUCGUCUGUUUUUCACAGUUUCAAGUCUUCCAGGUCUCAACGCGGGACUCGUUCUCCAGUUGGUUUGUGGAGAACAGAACGUGGAUCCCAUUGUGCGAGACAAGACCGUCGACAUCGUUGCGCGGCACAUUGACGACGCUCUCAUGUAUCAGAGAGAGCACGGCGCCCGGAGGAACAGCGUCUACAUCUUCGCCGUUGUCAAACUCGGAAAGUUCUAUGGAGCAUACGUUUCCUCCGUCUACAUAUUCAUCAAAGCGCUUCAUCUGUGCAACGUCGUUCUGCAAUUCAUGCUCCUGAAUUCGUUCCUGCAGACUUCAGAUUACCCAAUGUUCGGAGCCCAUGUGCUCUAUGAUUUAUUCAUGGGAAGAGAGUGGAGAGAUUCGGGAAAGUUCCCUAGAGUGACGCUGUGUGAUUUUGAGAUCAGAGUUCUUGGAAAUGUGCACAGACAUACUGUGCAGUGCGUGCUCGUUAUCAACAUGCUCACCGAGAAGAUAUUCAUCUUCCUCUGGCUCUGGCUCACUGUCCUCGCCAUCGUGACUGCGUUAAAUCUGAUCUUCUGGUUCAUCGCCUUGGUAUCCAACACUUGUCGGGAGAGCUUUGUCUCGAAGCAUCUGGACAUUCAGUCCGAUCAGAUCAGCCGGUUCGUCCAUCGUUUUCUUCGCGCCGACGGCGUGUUUCUUCUUCAAAUGAUUGCUUCGCAUUCUGGAAAUCUAAUGGCAGCGAAAGUGAGUUUCCAAUAAGAUAUUCAUAUUUGAAACUACCUUUUUUUAGGUAACCGAACAGUUGUGGAUGAUAUUCGUUCGGAGAAGUGGAAAGCCAGUGUGCGACGACAAAAUAGAAGGGGGAUCGGAGCGGAGCGGGAACGGAAAUGACUGGGAAUCGGUGGGAGAAGUGUCGGUCGUUGACUGUUGAUCAUUCCGUUCAAUUUCAGCACGACGACGGCAAGACGUCUCUGAAACGCGGCGAUUCGUGGCACGAGACUUCGCUUCCUCCGCCGAUGCCCAGUGUCCCCACUAGGACACACUACGUCUGA